AUGGUGUUUUUAAAUUUGAUCGACUCCUCUGUUGUUCUUGGAAUUCAAAUGGGAUACUUUGAUAGCANAGGAAUAACGAAUCCCGUGAGGGUGACGAGGACGAGGACGAGGACGAGUCCGAGGCCUGUCCGACUCCGCCGACGGUCUGCCGCCGCCGCCUCCUCCGCAUCGGGUGCGGACUGGGUGAAGGCCACCGAUGCCGCCGAGUUCUUCCAGACCGACUGCAGGCCCAUCAUGCUCUUUGACGGUGUCUGCAACCUCUGCAACGGCGGCGUCCGCUUCGUCCGGGACAACGACCCCAAUAGGAGGAUUAGAUACGAACCACUCCAGAGCGCAGCGGGAAGGAAGCUCCUGCAGAGAUCAGGAAGAUCGCCCGACGAUAUCUCCAGCGUCGUUCUUGUUGAAAAGGAUAGGUCCUCUAUAAAGUCGGAAGCAGUGCUACGGAUAAUGGAGUACCUUGAGCUGCCUUUCCCUCAACUUGCCUUCAUGUUAAAGAUGGUUCCUUUGCUCGUCAGGGAUUUUGCGUAUGACAACGUUGCGAACAAUCGCUAUGCAAUAUUCGGUCGGUCUGAGACAGAUUCGUGCGAAAUACUGUAGGCUGUUGGGCCGUCGACUCCGUCGGCAUCCUAAAUGGUAUGGCGAGAUAAGAUUCAUUUCGCAUUUUUAUUUGUUCUGAAGAAAAUCAUACCGAACUUCUGGGGGGACUCAAAUCUCAGCUGUAGUUAGUAUUUAUGGGGUGAGACAACUUGCUGAACGGUCCGACAAGUUAUCGCUUUAGUGAUAUGUAUAUAUAGCAAAUGGCCUACAUGGGGAGUAAUCAAUUGUUGUCUACUAUGUAGAACCAAGUAUUCUUCUGACUAAGAAAAAUCGUAUGUUGUCUACUCUUCCGUUGAGUUUUCAACUAAAGCAUCAUUGUUAAGGGGAAGAAAAUUUGCAUUAGUUGAAACAUACCUGUUUUUUAUCCCUGCAAAAUACAGAAAAAGGCACUUGGUAA